CCUCCGCGAGGAUGGAUGAACGAUCCUAAUGGUUUUUGUAAAUUUGAAAACGAAUAUCACUUGUUUUAUCAGCACAACCCAGACAGCAGCACGGCACCAGGAGAUAUUAGUUGGGGACACGCUAAAAGCAAUGACCUUUUCCACUGGGAACACCUACCUAUAGCGAUGCAUCCAGACCAAGACUACGAUAGAUCUGGUGUAUUUUCAGGUAGUGCCCUUGUUGAAAAUAACACAAUGUACCUUUUCUACACAGGCCAUGUAAAUCACCCCGGAGAGUCACCUGACCAUAUAGAGCGCCAGGCUCUUGCAACUAGCACAGAUGGAAUUAAUUUUAUUAAAUAUGAAAAUAAUCCGAUUAUAUUAGCUGAAGAACAUCAACCUGAUAUCAGGGAUCCAAAAGUUUGGAAACAUGGUAAUACAUAUUAUAUGGUGUUAGGUAAUUCUUUUAACAACAGUACUCUAGGACGAGUCCUUUUGUAUACUUCAAAGGACAAAAUUUCGUGGAACCAAGUUUCAAUAAUUGAUGAAUCUAAUGGAACUCUUGGGUACAUGUGGGAAUGUCCUGACUUCUUUGAGCUUAACGGACAUUUUGUUCUUUUGUUUUCACCACAAGGUGUAAAACCUGAAGGCGACAAAUACAAAAAUCUUUAUCAAACUGGGUAUAUCAUUGGCGAUUUUGAUUAUUCUACUAAUACUUUUAAGCCGUUACAAGAAUUCCAGGAGUUGGAUCAUGGACAUGAUUUCUACGCUACGCAAACCAUUCUCGACAAUUCGGGACGCAGAAUAGUUAUAGCUUGGAUGGAUAUGUGGGAGAAAAAGUACCCUGAACAGGAUGAUGGUUUUAACGGACAAAUGACAAUUCCAAGAGUAUUGUUUCUUACUAGAAGCGGAAGGAUAAUUCAGAAACCAGUAAGGGAAGUAAAAAGAGUGCAAGGCAAAACAAUUCAUUCACGAAAGGCUGAUGGUGGUACUAGUGUAUUACUAAAUAAUAAUGCUGCUGAGGUUAGUAUUAUAGCGUCAAAGUCAAAUGACUUAGAAUUAUUUAUCGAAUCACGAAACUCAUCAAAAGCAGUUAGUAUCAUGUUCGACUCCCGAAAUGGUAAAGUGAGUCUUGACCGUGGAGGUGACGAUGGUCUUCGCCGCACAGACUGGCAACCGAAGGAUAAUUUGAGAAUGAAAAUAUACAUUGAUGCAAGUUCUAUCGAAGUUUUCUGUGGAAAAGGAGAAGUCACUUUCUCCAGCCGAUUCUUUCCUGAAGGACCUGUACAAGUUCGCUUAGGUGACGAAAGUACAGUUAAACUACUUCAAGUUGUAGAUUUGAAACAAACAGUAUUUGUUGAUAAUAAUAAUAACUAGAAAGAAUAAAUAAAAACAUGAAACCAACCUAAA